AUGAAUUUGAACGAGAACAAGGCGAGCCGCUCAGGGCCGCCAUUUGUCGGUGGAAGCACGGAUCGCCCCGGAAAGGGAACCCGAGAAGAGUGCUCGGCCCCGCAUCCUCCUCCGCCGCGGCGCCCGCAGUAUCCAGGCUCCGUGCCCGCGCCGCCCCGGCGUCUCUGCGUUCUCCUCCAUUGUCAGCCCCGCGCCCAGCUCGGCACCCGGGAGGCCCCGGUCGCGCGCCCUCGGCCCUGGCGAGCCAACGUCCCCCUCCCGGUCCCCUCGGCGCCCGGGCGCCUCCCUCCUCCCUCCCCUGCGCCCCAAGCUCCGCAUCCUCGAAGCCCAGGGCUCCCGGCACCGCCAGCCCGGCCGCGGGACCCCGCAUUUCGGCAUCCUCCCUGCUUGGCCCAGGAUGCCCCGGCCCCUCGCCAGCGGCGGGCAUCGCGCGGCGUCUUCGGCAAACCCCCCUUUUAUCUCCCGAGGAAGCAAGUUGGGCAGAUCGAUUUAUUAAUUUCUGUGGCAGAGUGGAACCACCGGGCCUGCGCCUCGGGGAGCUGUUGGCUGCGAGGACCCGGCUUCCCUAGAGCCCUGUGCGGAGGCCUUGUGGUGACCAGCCACAGGCACCAGAUAGAUCGACCCACCUUUGCUGGGAGAAAGAGGUGUGGGCGUUCAUCUGCCCACUACGGAAUGAGAAGGUGAACGCAAAAAAUGGGGGAAAAAAGCCACCUUGGAUGCAGCCUGUCCUGAAAAUAUUGCCAAACAUGUUACUGUGUCGCACAUGGGGCCAAAGGAACUGAGAAUUUAUGCACGCGAUCUGCUAUGUAGUGAUGGAGAUCCAGAUGUGCGUCCUGGCGGAUGAAGACCGUGUGCCCCAGCAUCAUUUAAAAAUUGGGUUGCUUUGAUUUGCCAUCUCCCAACGGUUAUUGAGGUUAAACACAAAGAGAGUGUCUGAAGAAGCAAUUUUGAUUAGUUUCUGGAAGAUUCAUUGUGAUGGCAGUGCAGUGGACAAUAUCAGGUGACACUGGGCAUGUGUAGUCGCUUGGUCCCUGAUGAAAAACCAUGCCGUCUUUUACACCGUGAAGCCUGUCAAGGGCACAUGGCUCUAGGGCCAGUCAUAAGCAGUAACUUGAAUGGGCCGACCAUGUUGCCUCAGAUUUCUCCUGGAUAAAUCAGAGGACUUUGAGAGAGAACCUUUUGAUCUCUGGAAAAAGAAAAAAAAGUGAAACAGAAAUCUUCAGCCUUGAUUGAAUGGACACUGCCCAAAUCCUUGACCUUUUGUGUGUGUGUGCUUGAUGCCACAAACUAUACUUGUAUCUAUAUACACAGUGAGGGACUUUGAGGUCACCAAAGGCCUUUGAUUGCCUGGGUGGAGAGGAGUUAAGGACCUACCAUCCUCACCAUUUUAUCCAGCCGGCAGCUGGCAUUUAUAGACAGUGUUUCCAUUGAGAAUGUGUAUUUUAAGCUUGAGUGUUUUGCUGAGAACCAGCCUUCUCUUCUGCUCUCCCUGAAAACCAUGCAUGCAUGGUUCAUUCUGCUUUAAACACAUCUCCCAUGGCGGGGACACCACGGUCUGAGAGAGAGGAUGGCCUUGAGUGUCCUUCAUAAACCCUUUGUGCUUUCUGUGGAUGACCCUCCUGGCUUUUGUUUUGGGAAUCCUUGCCAGGCCAGAAGCCCAGACAGGACACAAUCUUUGUGUUUAAAGGAUUUCAAAUGGCUGCCUGAGAGGUCUCCUAGUGGCAUCCCUGCAUAUUCCUAGAGGGAGUGCCUAUCUUUCUUAUUAAAAGUCAAACAAAACAAAACAAACAAAAAUACCAAAAAAAAAAAAUCGAAAAAUAAAAAAUUUCAGGCCACAUUCAAGAUAGUUCUACACCUUGUAGGAGAACUUGACAAUCACUCCCAGGCCCCAGUCAGCCAGCCUCAUAGAAAUGUAAUGAAUUAUUCAUUGACAUAUAAUAGUCAACAUUCUCUGUAAUUUUACUAAAAAUGGUAUAUGUGGCUAGGCAUGGUGGCUUGUGCCUUUAAGCCUAGCACUUGGGAAGUAGAGGCAAGUGGACCUCUGUGAGCUCAAGGCCAGCCUGGAGACCUUGUUUCCAAGAGAAAGCCAUUUUAAUGUGAUUGCUUUUUAUUUCAUUUUGUUUUUUUUUUCUUUUUCCUUUCUACCCUUUAUAUUUGAGACAAGGACAGUGUAGCCCUGGGUGGCUUGGAGAUUGACCUGUAGACCAGGCUGGCUUCAAAGCCACAGAGGUCUGCCUUCUGAGUGCUGGGAUCAAAACCUGUGCCACAAUGCCCAACUUCCUUAUUUCUUCUUUCUUUUGACAUAGUCUCAUGUAGUUCAGGCUAGCCUUGUACUUGCUGUGUAGCCAGUGAAGAUCUUGAACUCUUGAUCCUUCUGUCCCCAAAUUCAGGGGUUACAAGCUGGAUUUGUCUGACUCCUCUGUAACUUGUCUCAACUAAUAUUUGAGUAUGAACUAUCCAGAGAAAGGAUGCAGCUGAGAAAUGUUACUCAAGAGCCUCCGGUUUCCUUCUGGCAGUUUCUGCAAAUACAGAGGCUCCUCCCAUUUAAGAUGGGGUUACAUCCCUGUCAACCCAGUGUAAUCCGAGUAAGACUUUGAGGCUGAGCUCAGUGUACGGUGGCAUAUUGGAAACUUUUUGUGUUCCACUCACCUGGCUGACUAGGAGUAUUAGCUCUUCACCCUUCCCAGUAUCCCAAGAGAUGUGUCCCGCCGCACAUCACUGAAACAGAAGUGGAGAUUUAAAACUCCAGUAAUGGCUUCUACCCAAUGCUACUGCUCUCAGGCCACGGUAAAGCUGAGAAAUUGCAAGUUAGAGACCAGCUAUAAAUGAUCCCACCACUCGGAGUGAGAGUGUGUGUGUGUCUGUGUGUAUGUGUGUCUGUGUGUGUGAGUGUGUGCGCGAGUGCGUGCACGUGACACAGUGGUCAUCAACUCCAUAAUGUGCUAUGUUUAACAGCAGAAUCAAAACUUUAUAAAUCCAAACUUGAAUAGAUACAAUGGCCCAGCCAAGGCCACCCAGCAAAGCUUACCCAGCAUGUAGCCCAGCCAAGGCCACCCAGCCAAUACAGUCUCUACCAGCUCCAAAAUUUUCAGGAACUGUAGGGGACAGAUAUACAACUUCCAAUGCACAGAUGGAGUUCAACGUCUCAUAACAUUAGGGGCUUUUAACCCAGAACCAGAAAUCUACCACUGGGAGGUAUCUACUCUUAUUGUUUAGAGCGGUUUCCUGCCAAGGGAAACAUUCUUUCCGAAGACCAAGCUGGGGGUGCUGGGGAGGGGGCUCAUCAGACUCGGAGAGUAAACAAACCAGACAGGUCUGGUAAAGUUGAAAUUUUCAAGAGUCAGCCAGGCCUCUCUCCAAGGUUACAGAAACAGUGAACAACUUUGGGACAGGAGACACGGACCAACUGCCUUGCAGAAAUCCUCUCUGACCUGUUGUGCUGCCUACAAGUUGGGCAGAGAGCUCUAGGGUUGCAGUUUUGUGAGCCUUCACUGGUGUUGGGUGGAUUUUUGAUGAUGUAGCUGGUUUUGUUUUGUUUUGUUUUUGUUUUUCUUCUUUUUUCUUUUUUUCGGAGCUGGGGACCGAACCCAGGGCCUUGCGCUUGCUAGGCAAGCGCUCUACCACUGAGCUAAUCCCCCAACCCCGAUGUAGCUGUUUUUGAGUCAGGUCCUAUCCCUACCUGUCACCCAUACUCCUGCUAGUGACCCCAACAAAAACUCGUUGGUUCUCCAAGUUUGACUUUGGUGUAAUCAUUAGUUUGGUCUGUGGUGUUUUCCUCCCUAGAAUGAAUAGACACCUACUGCCCCAGCCCACCAGUGUGUGUGUGUGUGUGUGUGUGUGUGUGUGUGUGUGUGUGUGUGUGUGUGUUUUGUGUCUCCCCAGGAAAAUUCUUUCUCACAACAGUGUAUAACUAGGUUACUCUUAAAACAGUCAACAGACGGGGAUGUGGCCCAGUGGUAGAAUGCUUGCUUAUUUUGCCCAAGGCCCUGGGUUCACUUCCCCCAGGCUCCUUCUGAAACCCAGUGCUACAAAACCACAGGACAAUGAAUUGUUGAUGGGAUCAUAAAUUUAGAUCUAGAGGGCAGGCUAGUUCAGGGAGCCUCCAGUCAAGGGAGGUGUGGAGUCACAGCUGUGCACUGCGCCUGUGCUAACUCCCUUGAUCCUUCCAGGUGUUCUAUGCUCUGUCUUUCCCGAGGGAAAAACUAAGGCAGAGAGUAGACAAGAGGCAGCAUCUGAUUCAUACUUAGUUACCACCUUAAUUCAAGAUCAGGGGAGUACCUUCAAGCAAAGGGAGUUUUACACUAGGAUCACUUGAUUGACAGCCUCUUGGAUCUUGCCCAACCCAAGAGUAGGCAGUCAGCCUCAUGGUAGGAGGUAAGUUGCUGACAAUUUUCCCUGGGAACAUUUUCUUAACCCUUGACCUGUGUGUGUAUAAUGUGAUGGAUCCAUGUAUUGAUUCUGAGUUGAGGCCAUUAGUGAUUGGGAUGUGUAGGGUAGAGAGCCAAGGGGAAACCACCCUGCCCCUGGCUUGACCUGGAGUUCCAAGACUUGGUGUUGGCUGUUCAUGCCAACUCAAGGGGCAGUGGUGGUUUUCCCUGCCAUGCACAGAGACUCUUCUUGUAGACCCCACCCCUUGUAGACCUCCAACCACCAGGCUUCACUCCCACACUACCCUGGAGGCAUGAGUGGUCAGCUCCCAACCCCCAGGAGCUCCAAUGACCAGGCCCCACCCACAGACUUUCCUGAAGUUGGCCAUUCCCAGCAACCAUCUAUCCCAGCCCCAACACCCACAGUGGCCAGGCCCUGUCCUGCAGAAAAAAAAAAAAAUCUCACCAAUCCCUGAGUCUGCCUCACAAUCAGGCCACAUAAGCCCACCAAUCCCAGGCCACCUUGGAAAGCUCCAGCUCUGCCCCAAGAAACACUAUAUAAAUUCCUGCCUUCAGCUCAGUUCUCGCUGCUUCUCACCUGAACGGAGAGAGGUAGCCGCCUUUCUGGGUUUUUCUCUCCCAAUAAGUCUUUGUUUGAGGUUUGUUGUGCAGCGUGACUUUGUGAUACUGUGUGAUAGUCCUUGGCUCCAGCUGCCAGGAUACCUCUCCCAACUGAGGUGUAGCACUUAGCCUUGGAAAUCCUGACCUCCCCUCCAGAGUUUAACAGUCAAACAGUGUAUCAGAGUUAACUGUCAAGUGAUACUUUAAGCCAAGCCCUACUUUUCCCACUGUGCAUGCUCCAAAGAUCCUAUAAAAGCCCACCCCUCUGCCCAGUCCUUCGCAGUCUCUUUCUGUUCAGAGGCAGCUGCCACUAUGUUCUUCCCAAUAAAUCACUUGUGUGGUUUGUU